UAAUAAGACAAAAACGUGUUACCUAGUAGUGUCACUUUUGGAAAAUACAGCUAGUCAUGGCUGUGCUUCAAAUGAACGUAAUGAAUACCUUGAUUUGUGUUGUUUCUUUAGUCGUUUUUGUAACUGCUUCUGCACCUGCACAUUCCCCGCCACAAGCUACAGAGGAAGAUGAAAGUAUGGUUUACAACUAUCUCCUCAUGGCGAAAACUCUCAUGGAAUCACUUUCCUACGACGAAUUUUGCGCUUUUCUCGAGUUAUACCGCAGUAGUGACAUGAUGGAUAAUAUGUUGCAGCAGUUCAAACUCUUCGACAUCGACUCGAAGAAAGUUUGGGCGUUUAUUGAUUCUCACAUUGGUUGCGACGGUUCUCUCAGCGAAAAAACCAAAUUUAGAAGAUUCGCAGAAAGUAUUGGUCGCAUGACUUUGAACACGCAUCGGAGGGUCCUAAAUUAUUUAGAUGGAGUGAGAAAUAAGGCCGAGUUGUAGGUGUUUCUAUGCAUAAGAUUCUGUAAUUACGUUCAAGAAAUAAACAAAAUAAACGUUUCUCUCAA